CUGAUCUAUACAGGCUCCUCUGGUGGAGAGAACGGUGUGGCAGUGGUGCUCGCCGAGCAUUUCCACGAUAGCUUCUUGGAAGUUAGACGCAUAUGCGACCGACUUAUGGUAGUAAGGUUGCUUAUUGAGGAGGUCGUGACCCACUUAAUAAGUGCCUACGUCCCACAGGUCGGCUGCAGCGACGCGGAUAAAACGCUGUUUUGGGAUCGGCUCGAAGAUGUACUACGCGGCAUACCGUUGUACCACGAUGUCGUUUUGGAUGGCGACCUGAACGGUCAUGUGGGCGAGGUGCAGGGGGAGUAUGAACGUGUCCAUGGCGGCUAUGGUUACGGCCGAAGAAACGCAGAGGGGGAAACCAUCCUCAGAACCUGCACUGCAGCUGACCUGGCCGUGGUGAACACGUACUUCAAAAAGAAAACCGAGCACCUGAUUACCUUCAGGAGCGGUCGGAACGCCACUCAAAUCGACUAUCUACUGAUCAGGAGAAGUCAUAUCAGUAGCGUGGCCAACUGUAAGGUCAUACCCGGUGAGUGUCUCACUGCCCAACACCGACUUCUUGUCAUGGACCUCUGCGUAAAACCCCUUCGCAGACACACCGAACUUUGCCUGCUUUGGUGGCUGCAGGAUCAAACCAGAUACUCAAAGUUUGAAUCUGCCGCUGGGAAUAUUAGUCUCGACACAGCAGGCAAGUCCGUCCAAGAGUGCUGGAAAACCAUUCAGACAGCAAUCACAAAGACGGCAAAGCAAGUUCUCGGCGUGGCGAAAGGGGGCCGCAAAAUCGACAAGGAGACCACCAGGUGGGACGCCACAGUCCAGGGUUCAUUACGGGAGAAGAAAGCGCUCUUCAAGACGUGGCAAGUGACCAAAUCUCCUGAAGAUCGCGCAUCUUACAAGACAGCGAAAAGAGCUGCCAAGAAAGCUGUAGCCAGAGCCAGGCGUGACCACUUGCAACCAUUAUAUGCUAAGUUGGACACUCCUGAGGGGCACAAGCUCAUAUAUAAACUGGCGCGCUCUAGGGCCAAAGCAGCGCAAGAUAUUACUCGCUGCUGCAGCGUCAACGGCCCUAAUGGCGAGCUCCUGUACGAUGAUCGUGCGGUGAAGGAGAGAUAG